AUUAUAAAUUAAAAAAAAAUAAAAAUUUGCGAAGAAAUGAGAAACCCCUGAAUCGGAAGAGAAAGGGAAGGGUUUAUACUUGACUUCACUCUCUCACAAAAACCUCACCAUGGAUCGUUUGCGUCCUCGUAACAGAUCACUUUUUUCCGGAUUCACCAAUUCCGAGAUUGAGAAAAUGGAGAAAGUGCUAAGGGAAACGAAAGGACAAUCAUUGACUCAGGAUUUUUACCAGAAAUUGACUAAAAGUUUCAAUUAUUCAUCUGGUCGUGCUGGGAAACCUCUUGUCAAAUGGACUGAGAUAGAAAGUUGGUUUCAGACUAGGCUCCAGGAAUCGCCGCAAGUACCUGAAAAUGAAUUGAUUUUUCCUCCAGGACUUCAAUGUAAAGAAGGAGAAAUUGUCCGAGACCCAUCCGAGUUGGAAUUUGAAGCUAGGUCUUCAAAAGAUGAGGCAUGGUAUGAUGUUGAGACGUUUCUUGCUCACAGAUUUCUUAGCUCGGGGGAAGCUGAAGUCAAAGUCAGAUUUGUUGGAUUUGGAGCCGAGGAAGAUGAGUGGGUCAACAUAAAAAGUUCUGUCCGAGAACGGUCAGUUCCGUUUGAAAAUUCAGAGUGUUCCGGCCUGAAAACCGGAGACCCUGUCCUAUGCUUCCAGGAGAGGAGAGAUCAAGCUAUCUACUACGACGCACACAUUUUAGAGAUCCAGAGGAGAAUGCAUGAUAUCCGAGGUUGCAGGUGUCAUAUCUUAAUUCGGUAUGAUCACGACAACACUGAGGAAAGAGUUCGCUUGAGAAGACUUUGCCAUAGACCAAGAUCUUAGAUAUACUUGACAUAAAUUCAUUUUCUGACAUUCCUGCUGGGUAAGUAGCUUUCAAACAGUUAGCGAUUAUCUGUAUGCGGCAAGAAUGAAACAGUGAUUGACAUUUUGAAUAUCCGGGUUCAUUUAUGCGCAAUUUUUUUAAGCUUUUGGUCGGGAGUGUGAUUGUGCGUAGAAAAGGCGAGUCUUUUUGAAAAUGUUUUAGUUACUAAAUUAUGUCUUCUUUGAAUGAUGUAGCAUUUUCACGUCGAGUUUGUCUCACAUACAUUGAUGCUA